AUUUUUAAAGCUUUUACUAUCCCAAGGAUGACUGUUUCUUCCAGUACCCAAUAUUAAACCAGCAUUUGGUGACAACUGCGUACCUAUUACAUAAAGCAGCUUACCAAAUGUGUAUGGUAUUCAGCAUUUAGAUGUACAGUUUUUCUUAUUAAAGCCGACGCCCUCACAAGUGCCACAAAAUCAUCUCCUCCCAGGUGACUUUGUGGAUCGAGAGUGGCAGUGCUUUGAGGAAAGAUUCAAGUUUUUAAAAGCAUAGCAAGGAGGAAGUCACAUUGACCUUGUUGUUGGAAAUUAAAACCCGAAGAAAAUAACACGUUGAUUGUUACUAACCGACUUUCACCUUACCAAAUGCCAAUACAUUUUGAAAAGGCAUGUCCCUAAAAUUCAGCUUCAUUUUCCACCCGGAUAAUGAUAUCCCAUGCUGCCUCGUUCUAUCAUAAUGACAUUGUCUAACAUUUAUAACAUUAAUGCAGCAAAAUGAUCGCCACUAACCUUUUUCCACGACUAAUGUGUGUCUUGAUGCUUUUGGAACAAAAGGUUUAUUUCCAAAGACAUGUAGGUACAUAGCCAAAAUUUAGGUAUAGCCUAAUUGUACCGGUAUUCUGGUUUCCAUCGGUCACGAUCAGACGAGAGGUAUCGUCAAGGCUACUACCGAUAUUUUACUGAGCCGAUCCAGCUAUCGUUUAAGAAACGAUACCGGCUUCCGGCUUCGAAUCGCCCACUCUUGCGCCGCCAUUUUUUUUGUCUGUCUCUAUCAUACUAGAAUGUGCAGAUAUGGCAGCGCAUUUUUUCCUCUGCAGUCUUUAUAACUUUUCUUAACCUAACUAUUCUAACGUCUAAAAGAUUAUUGAUAUAUUUUGUGUGUUUCUCUAUGUUGGCCUUCUAACAAUGAUCUUUCCUCCAUUUUUGUCAAUUUUAUCGAACAUUGUCGCCCUUCUUUCCUCUUCUCUCUCUCCCUGUACCCCCCCCCCUCUCUCUCUCUUUCUCUUUGUAGCUAACAUAAAACGUCUUGCCAGGAAAUUGUUUGCUUUAUUUUGGCUGUUGUUCUCUAUGAUGUAAUAAGAAAACUAUAGAUCAAUUAUAUUUUGUUGAUUUGUCUCUAUAUUGUUUAACGAUUUGCUGUUUGAGUCAAAGAUGUUUCCAGUUUAAGAAUUCUGUCAGUAUUUGGUUUUGACGGCCUUUCGGAGAUCCCACUUUAUGAAUUAAAAACAGCAACAACAAAAAUAAUCAGCGACUUUGACAAAAUUAGUUCCAUUCACCAGAUGAAACGAUGAAGGCUUGAAAAGUUCUGCACAUUGACGUCACAGCUCGAUGGGCUCAAGGCUCAAUUACUUUUUUUGUAUAUGGGCGGGGUUCAAGAUCGUUCAACGCAUGCGCAAUGAUGGCCUUCGUAUGCCAGUCGCCUACUCUCAAAAGGUAUUUUAAUAUUCCUCUGGCAUACCAAUGGGCCAGCGAAUUUUGUGAAAUGGUUACCCCAUGCGGAAAUGGUCCAGCAGUCAUGGGGUCAUUAGCUGCUCCAAAGUCGCCUCAAGAAAACAUGGAAAUCUACCAACUGGUGGCCAGUUUCUCACAGGACAAUAUGAUGGAGAGAGAAGUCUGGCUGGGAUGGAAAAGCAAUUCUCCUUUCCAGUGGGAAAACGGAGCCCCUGCGUAUCCACAUGGAUUCUCAGCUUUCGAUGGUGGCCAGUUUCAGGGUGGUGGUGCUUGGCCUGUAAACCCAAGAAACCCUUUUACGGCACAGUCAGCCUUUGCUCCUGUCAUGCGACGUGAAUUUGGUACAAUCCCAGGGCGAGUUGAUCAAAACGGAAGGAACAUACCGCCAAUGGAGGGACCUAUCUGGUACAUCCAGGAACUAACAGGACACGAACAUGCUUUUGUCUGCGAAGUUCCUGCAGGACAAUCGUUACUCUUGCCACAACAACCAACGAACCCAAACUUUGGCAACCGACCGAACCAACCGCCUUCUACACCUAACCGGCCAACUACUCCGAACAAUCCUUCAUUUUCCCCAAACCAACCUGGUACUGGUAAUCAACCAAACCCUAACCAGCCCAACCAACCCACCAGCCCCAACCAACCUCAGCCACGUCUAUAGGUUCUACAGAGUCGACGCCGCUUCCCUCAAAGAUCGAACAUUCACAGGGGUAACCUUGUUGUACAAAUGCUGAUGAUGCUUCAUUCAGAAUAUAAUUGUGUCGACGUUUUUGGUGUAUGUAAUUGGUCUUGAAAAGACCUUUUAUUUUGAAAGAGGAGCAUAAUGGAAGUGUCUGAUCGUUCUUUUAUGCAACUUCAGCAAAAAAGAGAAAAUAAUAAACGUGAAGAGACUAAAAAAUACCCCACCCUCUUUUUCAAUUUUUCGUCAACAUGGUUAAAAGUGAUUUUCAUCAGUCCGUCAUAUUCUGUUUUAGCCUUUACCAUAGUUUAUGAACAUGACUAAGACCUAAUUUCAAGAGGUUUUUUUUAUUUCUUAUCCCAGCUAACUUACAGUUCAUAGCGCAUCUUCAUUUGCAUGUGAUAUUAGCGAUCUCAGUUAUAGGUAAACACGUGAAACGAUAAAUUGAACGAAAGCAAUCAGAUAGACCUUAUACAGUGACAUCGCCUCGCCGCAAACUAAGAGGCUAAAGACUUUGCCUCGCAUGCAUUGGUGAUCUGCAAUCUUUUAUCCUCUGGGGGAGGGCGCUUCGAGAUUAUGACGUCAUAUGCAUAAGGUCUAUUACAAGCUGAAAUAUUUUUUUUUUGUUGAAAAUAAUGAUUCUAUGCCAACAGCCGAGAAACACUCAAAAUGAUUAUCUAUAAAAACUAUUUAUGAUUCAAGGAAAUUGUCAUUUAGGAUGGUACUGCUACAUAAUUCUAUCUGCGAAUUUACUUUCCCAGCAGAAAAAAUUUCUGUGAUUUUGUUGUCGACAUAAAGAAUCCAAAAGAUCUAAGCUUUUAAUAUUAUUUUUAACUUCAUGUCAAAUAUAAUUGCACACCUUAUCUAAAAUUUCAUAUUUUGCAUAUUCUACUUACGUUGGGAAGUAGAAAGGAACACGGUGAUUGAUAGAUGCGUGCAUUAUAUUCAGAAAACCAUGUAACAGUAUAUACUCUUAUUAGAUGUUGGUGUCUCUGGUAUUUCCAUACUUGUGUUUUGCCUUCAUAUCAUUGACAGACUUCACAUUCUAUGUUGCUUUUCAUAUUUAUAAACACCUUACAAUGAAUGAAGAUUCCAAUAAAGAUAAUUUGUACUGUU